AGUACUAGAGGCAUCACAGGAGUCAUGAAGCUGUUACAGUUUAUUUGUACUUUCUUAAUAUUGCCACUAAUAUCGCAUCAACAAUUCCCUUUUUCGUUGAGCAGGCAGUUUAUUAUCUUUGAUGAGGUUCACCAAUGUGCAAAUCAAGGAACAAAGGAUGUAGUCUGGGAUCUACGGUUGAACCGAGUCUCAAGAAAGAAUCUUGUACUUCAGGGCAACGUUACCCUGAACCUCCCGAUGGACGAGAAAGUGUCGGCACUUGUAUCAGUUUCGGAAAAGAGUAAUGGCAAUUGGAUCGAACAAGCAUUUUUGUUCAAAUUUAUAAAUGUGUGCCAAGACAUGAUGCUGUCAGUACCCUCAAUAUGGAUCAGCUUUUGGGAGAAGGCAGGAAUAUCACCACCUGUAACAUGCCCUAUACCCAAGGGGAAACACCACUUAAAAAAUUAUUCAACAACAGAAGGACUCCAACAAGUACCCGGAAUAAAACAAGGGAAAUUUAAAGCUACUGUGGAAUUUCUUCAUAGGAACAAAACUCGCCUUGGAUGUGUCGUGUUUAUUCUUCACACUUCAACAAAAAAACAGUAA